ACAUAUCCGAUAAAGAGCAGCCUGAAACAAUAAUAAUAAAACUAAUAAAAGAAAAUUUCGAGUAUCGCUUCUGAAAGAGGAGAUUGGAGACAAAAAGAGGAGAAAAAUUUUGAAGGAAAACUCAAACAAUGGCAGUUGCAUCCCAUAUGGCGAAACUGAGCUUUUUUCCUCUAAACCGACCUGGGUUUUUCUCUCAGCUUCCAUGCAACAAAUUCCUUCAUAUUCAAAGAAACAAAGCCUCCACAUCAACCUACUGGAGCUUGGUCAACAAUGGGUCAAGGAACCUAACAAAACCCAUGUCGAUUCGAGGCAUGGCUUCCUCUUUUGGUUCCCUGCAGGAUGAUAGUGUUACGAAGACCGUGGCUGAUAACCCAGUUGUUGUUUACUCCAAGAGUUGGUGCCCGUUUUCGUCUGAGGUGAAAUCUUUGUUCAAGAAACUUGGUGUGGAGCCUUUGGUUAUUGAAUUGGAUGAAUUGGGUCCCCAAGGACCUCAACUGCAGAAUGUACUGGAGGGGCUUACCGGGCAGCGUACUGUCCCUAAUGUUUUUAUUGGGGGCAAACACAUUGGUGGUUGUACAGAUACCGUUGAACUAUACCAUAACGGAGAAUUGGAAUCUUUGCUAUCAGACGCUAAUGCUAAAAGAAAGGAAAAUUAGCUCAUUUGACUUGUCUCCAAUCAAGUAUGACAAGUUUCCUUCCUCUAGAAACAAAAAUGUUUCAUUCCAUUACAUUUAUUUACGUUAAAAUCCCCGGUGUUAUUUCUCUAUAUCUCUUCUUUCAAGUUGUAUAUCGAAAACGUGAAACUAUUGCAUGCAUCUCAUCCGAAACGUUGUUUAUCUUGAAACCCUUAGGAUAUAUUCAUGAGUUUCUUGGGGGAAAACAA